AUGUAUAGAAAUAUAAGCCUUAUCGUUACCACAGUAGCAUUCACCGUAGUCUACAAGGCUCAUUAUUCCGUGUCUACGGCUUUAGAAGCCGAAUCCAGUCGGCAAGGACUGCAUACCGAACUGCCCUUUCACAUAGGGGACGAUUCAGAUGAACUUAUCGAUACAGGGGCAGAGGACGCAUUCGACGAUGGAGUUGAGAAAAUGCUUGAGGCAGAUCAAAACGAGGAUGAAUUCGACAAGGGCACCCCAGGGAUAGACUUUCUGGGCAUCGGGUACGAUUCAAUCUUUGGCAACACUCUUGGGGAUGAGGAUUCGCUGCUAGAUCCGGGGUACAGGGCGCCUAUAAUCAACUUUAGCUGGCGGAAGAACGCUGAAGGAUACUCGCCCUCACUCAAGGCUGUAUACCCUCUGCACGGCUGGGUCAGGCCGGUAUACUCAUGCGGACGCUCAUCAAAGGAGAUACAAAAUCUCGACGAACUCAAAAAGGCGUUCUCCGCCUCUGCAGAGCUUAAAGGCGAUGUGCCAUCAGCAUCAUUCUCCGCAUCAGCCAAGUACAAAAAGGAAGCAGCGAACAUCGCACACAAAAGAGAACGUGUAUACCUUCACAGUGACAUCUGCAUACGUUACCAGGCAGGUAUACCGCUCAACAUACCGUGGGAUACGACUGGAGAGUUCAACGAGGCAGUCAACGCUUUAGAACCACUGGAUGAUGCAGUCAAGUACCUAUGCUCAAUAAAUGACCUCCAGGAUAACGCCACGAAGCAAGAUUGCGCACCACUCAAGCGAUGGAUCAACUUCUUCCAAAUAUUCGGCACCCAUUACGUGCAUCAGCUUUUGCUAGGCGGGAAACUUGUGCAAACGCUUAAAUUUGAUGCGUCGGCACUAGAAAGCUUAAAAUCGUCGGGGGUUGAUGUCAACCUUGCAAUCGCAUCCAGUCUUGGAUCAGUAAACGCAAGUGCAGAAGGACGCAGAACAGCAAACGCGGCAAAAAUAGACGAAAUAGGCUCUAAGAGUAUCACAGUAAUAGGAGGAGAAAUGCCGAACUUGCCCAUCACAAACGAAGAAUAUGCCACAUGGGGAAACUCGGUAGCGGAGAACCCAAUGCCAAUUGGAAUGUCAGCCGAAAGUAUAAAGCGACUGCUUAAAAAGGAAUUGAAAGACUCUUAUACAUUAGCGCUAUAUAAAUACGCAGAGCUGAAUGGGAUCGCGUAUGAAAUGCUCAACAAAAUUGCGGGCAACACUGGUGGCCUCAUGAUGGAGAUUAAGAACGGGCAACCCACCAUCUCAUACAACAGUGAUGCUAACGGAGCCAAGUGCAGCAAGGGCCAAAAAAUACUUCUUGGGUUCUCCCUGCUAUUAGACAAAGACGGAACGAUAGUAGCGUUAAUACCAUGUAAAACAGGGGCAAACCAAUGCAAUGUACCAAUGAACAAGGUUGAAAUACGUUCGGUGUCAUGGGCAAUAUGCACCUCCGGACUCCAACCUAACAUCAGUCAAGUCUCGGACGUGACGAGUCAGAAUAAUAAAGUGGCUACAGCCUCGUGCCCACACGGGGCGAUUGUCCAGUUUGGAAUUGAAGUUCGUGGAAGAGGCGGCAAUUUGGUGUCCGUCAAUCCCUGCAAAAAAGGAGUGCAAUCCUGUAAAACGGAGCCUGUACCUCGCCAAACCGCUGCCGUCUGGAUUGUUUGCUCUCGAGAUGCGGAAAAUACUACAGAGGUGAACUUGGUGACGGAGAUUGUUCCGCAAAGCAAAAAGGUGCAAUGCGGAAAGGAUGAGAUCGUCAUAGGGGGUAAAGAGAAAUGUAGUCGUUUGUAA